AAUCGGAUCGCAGGAGGCAGUAUUCGCCGGAAGAAACAACGUGUUUUAGCCACUCUAUCAAACCCAGAGCUAGCAUACAAAAUAAAAACAGUAAUAUAGCUAAUAUCUGACAGCUGAAAAUGCCUGGAUAAAGAAGUGAAUAACUUAAAUAACUAGUUCCUAGUUGUUUAUUAGCUGAGUAUUCGCUAUGGAAGGAGAAAACACGUUUAAACAGUGGAAGAAGCAGUGCCUGAACAAGCUGGACUUCAGUAAAAAGGGCAGUAUAGAUGAGGACAUUACCUCUGUCGUCUUAUUCCUGAAUAAUUCUGACAAUUAUUUCACCACGAGCUCGUGUUCUGGAAGAAUCAUCCUGAUUGACGGGCUUUCAGACUGUGUGGAUGUGCAGAAGCAGAACUGUUCCUGGCUUUUUGUCACUCACAAGAAGUGUACCAAAGAUGACGUGAUGGCUGGUUUGGAGAAAUCCUCUGGAGACCCUGUGUUUAAAUUCGAACCCUGUGUCCUUCACGUGCAGUGCAGACGGCUCGAGGACGCUCAACUCCUGCACACAGUCGCUAUAAACUCAGGCUUCAGGAACUCUGGAGUGACCGUGGGAAAGAAAGGCAAAAUCAUUAUGGCUGUGCGCAGCACCCACUGUCUCGAAGUUCCUCUCAGCCACAAGGGGAAAGUCCUGGUUUCGCAAGAAUAUUUGGAGUUUCUUGUCGGAGUUGCGAAUAAUAAAAUGGACGAAAACCUAAAGAGGAUCGAAAGGUUUUCUGUCAGUCUGAGAUCUGCGCUGGAACCAGACGAGGAGAAAGGGCGUGUAGAGUCCGAGGAGAAAGCUGUUUACAGACGGAGGAGGAGAAGAGAGAGGGAGGCGGACAGCACAGGAUCGGACGACCGUAGGGUCAUACAGCAGAGUGACGGUCAGCAGAGCAGCGAGCUGGACUUUGAGCUGAGUCUGUUCUCUUAGAGCUGUUCAUGAAGCUCUCAUGAUUCUCCUCAGGCUCCUCAUCCUGAACAGACUGAUUAUUAUUAUUUAUUUAUUUUUUUUUUUAAUGGACAUUUUCUACAAUUUUAUAUGAAAUCUGGACGAUGUGUUUAGCUUCCAUUCAGUGUUUUGUGUAAAAAUGGAAGAAUUAAAACUAUAGGAUUAAAGUGUAGAAUGUACCUGACACUUAUAUACA